CAGCGCCCGGUCCGGCUCGGUCGGGCGGCCGCGGCCAUGACGCAGGGUCCGGGCGGGCGCGCGCCCCCCGCGCCCCCCGCACCCCCGGAGCCCGAGGCGCCCACCACCUUCUGCGCGCUGCUGCCGCGCAUGCCGCAGUGGAAGUUCGCGGCCCCCUCCGGCUUCCUGGGCCGCGGCCCAGCGGCGGCGCGGGCAGCCGGGGGCGCCGGGGGCGCCGGGGCCACCGACCUCGAGCCCGAGCCCGAGCCCGAGCCCGAGCCCGAGCCCGAGCCGGCUGGUCCGGCCGGCGUCCCUGCGCUGGCGGCCGCGGUCCUGGGCGCCUGCGAGCCGCGCUGCAUGGCGCCCUGUCCCCUGCCUGCUCUCAGCCGCUGCCGGGCCGCUGGGGCGCGGGGGGCGCGGGGGCCGCGGGGCGCGCGGGGGUCGGCCGGGCCCCCGGACGCCGCCGCCGACGAGUGGAUCCGCAAAGGCAGCUUCAUCCACAAGCCGGCGCACGGCUGGCUACACCCAGACGCCAGGGUCCUGGGUCCUGGGGUCUCCUACAUCGUGCGGUACAUGGGCUGCAUCGAAGUCCUCCGCUCCAUGCGCUCCCUGGACUUCAGCACUCGCACCCAGGUCACCAGGGAAGCCAUCACCCGACUCCAUGAGGCUGUGCCUGGUGUCAGGGGUUCCUGGAAGAAGAAGGCCCCCAACAAGGCGCUGGCCUCCAUCCUGGGUAAGAGCAACCUGCGCUUCGCAGGAAUGAGCAUUGCAGUCAGCAUCUCCAUCGAUGGCCUCAACCUCUCGGUGCCGGCCACGCGCCAGAUCAUCGCCAACCACCACAUGCAGUCCAUCUCCUUCGCAUCGGGUGGCGACACGGACAUGGCGGAUUACGUGGCCUAUGUGGCCAAGGACCCCAUCAACCAGAGAGCCUGCCACAUCCUGGAGUGCUGCGAGGGCCUGGCCCAGAGUGUCAUCAGCACCGUGGGGCAAGCCUUCGAGCUACGCUUCAAACAGUACCUGCAUAGCCCCCCCAAGGUGGUUUUGCCCCUGGAAAGGCUGACCGGGCUGGAGGAUUCGGCCUGGGGGGAUGAGGAGGAGCUGGAACACAACUACUACAACAGCAUCCCGGGGAAGGAGCCGCCCCUGGGCGGUCUGGUGGACUCCAGGCUCGCCCUCACACAGCCUUGCCCGCUCGGGACCCCUGGAGCCCUCGGCCAGGCAGCAUCUCCUGCUCGAAGAGACACCCGCGGCCUGCAGUGGGACAUGGGCCCCUCAGCGCCAGCCGCGCCUGGGGACGGCUACGUGCAGGCGGACGCCCGGGGCCCCCGAGACUACGAGGACCACCUGUACGUCAACACGCAGGGUCUGGACGGCCCCGAGCCGCUGCAGCCCGAGGACAGCCCCCAGAGGGACCUGUUCGACAUGCGUGCUCGGUCAGUGCUGCCCAGUUCAGAGGGACCCUUUGAGGACGCCCUGAGGCUGCAUGAGUGCUCCGUUGCGGCGGGCACUGCGGCAGCCCCCCUCCCGGUGGAGGACCAGUGGCCCAGCCCCCCGACCCGCCGAGCCCCCAUCGCCCCCACCGAGGAGCAGCUGCGGCAGGAGCCCUGGUACCACGGCCAGAUGAGCCGUCGGGCGGCCGAGAAACUGCUUCGAGCCGACGGGGACUUCCUCGUGCGCGACAGUGUCACCAACCCCGGACAGUACGUCCUCACUGGCAUGCACGCGGGGCAGCCCAAGCACCUGCUGCUGGUGGACCCUGAGGGCGUGGUAAGGUGCGGACCAAGGACGCACUGUUCGAAAGCAUCAGCCACCUGGUCGACUACCACCUGCAGCACGGGCAGCCCAUCGUGGCCGCGGGGAGCGAGCUGCACCUGCGCGGCGCGGUCAAGCGGGAGCCCUGAGCCAGGUGGUGAUUCUCAGCCCGCGGGUCCUGGCCCUGCUCCCCGAUGCCCCUGUCGUGGCCUUAGGGGCUCCUCAGCCUUUGUCUGGACCCUGGUUGGGCCUGAACCACCGCUGUCUCUCCUUCCUCUGCGUGGGUCUCUGGAAUCUUCCUUCUCCAGGUGGCCCUGAGCUGGGUCAACUGGGCCAGGAGACGGGGCCCCAGGCCCCUUUCUCCUGCUGAGCCCCCACCUGCCUGCACCUUUCACCUGGAGUGAGGGUGCAUAUACCAAAGACAGAACCUUUUCUCGCCUUUAAGGAAAAUAUAUCAAAAAGCAGCCACGUACCUGGGAGCCCUGGCCAAGGUCCCUGACAGGGCUGGACAUCAGCUCACCUCCCUGGCAUGGAGAGGGAUUCCUGGCUUGGCUGGGCUCAGUCUUUCCUCCUGAAAAAUCCGUGCACAGUUGUCUUUCUGGGGAGGAAUCGAGGUGCUUUGGGUCCUCAGCCCAGGCCGAGUGCUGGUGUGGAUGUGUUGAUGGGGAAUGUUGAAGGGGCAGCCUUGUGGCUCGCCUGGGAUGAGGGAGGCAUCCUGGCAAAUCCUGGACAGUGGCCCCUGGCGGAGGUGGCUGUGAGGCCCCGCCCUCCCUGCUGUCAACCUGGAUGGACAUUUGGAAUCUGUUUGUAAUUAAACCUGGGAAUGA